AUGAUGGCUUCCCCUGUACGAGUUUCAUCCCAACUGAUAAUUGCGGCAGUUUUUCAGGAUGAAGACAAUGGCAAAAUCCAGUUGCUCCCCAAAGACGUAACGAAUGAAUACAUCAUCAAGGCUUGUUCAUGUUUCUUGCUUUACGACCAGCGAACGGACGCCUUUGAUUUUUCCCAUCGAUCAGCGUGGAAAUACCUAAAAACCCAGUUCAGCGCUGAGACAUGCAACCUGUACCUGGCGAGACUCUCCCUGAAGAUUCUGAGCAAAACCCAAAAAUGUGACAAGGCAAUAGCCCAGAAGCCUCCCUUUGAUUGCAUUAGGCCUAUUGUUAUCCACAGUGCAGGUUUUUGGUUCUUGUACGUGAGGUCUCUUGGGAACAAGGCUGCUGAUGACAGUCAACUCCAAGACCUGCUCCGAGAAUUUCUUCAACCGCGCGGAACCCAAUCGGGCUAUGGAUGGUGGUAUAAAAAGUGCCAUCAGUUCGGUACUGAGAUUAUGCAGGAACUGGACAUGCACCAUCGUUACGCAUUCUCCGAUGUUCUCAGCUCCCCGCCUUCUCCGUGGUUCUUAGUCGGUGCUUUUGGGUUGAGCUCGAUUAUCGAGACACUUACAAAACAACCAGAACUGGAUGUCAAUGGAGUAAAUGAGGUGGAUGAGACUGGCUUCAGUUUAGCAAUCAAACAUCACCAUGUUCGUACCACACAAGCCCUAUUGCACCGGAGAGUGCAUGUCCGGCCGCGAGACUUUUCCAAAGCACUCCAAGUCGGUGAAGACAUGAAUAUUGUGCUGUCGAUUUGGAGGUCUCCUCACAUUCAGCAACAGACACUAUUGAGUACCGAUACACUUAUAGCUGCUGCCCGCAAUUGGCACUAUCGAAAUCAAACCUUGCGUGGAUUACUCCGCCAUUGGCCGUCCACAGUACCCAUUCAAGUCAACAGGGAGUUGGUGAUGGCAUUUUCAUUUGGGUAUCAUUUCCCCAGUAAACUCACUGAUUCUUAUAUGAGACGCCUCUUGGAGAACAACAGGAUUAUUGUGGAUGAUGAAGCACUACCACUCAUUGCAGCUGAUUGGAGUAGUGUCAUCAUGAAAACUGUGUUGGAAAGACGAGUUCCCAAGCUCCCUACCAAAAAGUUACUGAAGCUGCUAUUUUCCGCUGUUAGAAAUACGGAAGCAGCCGAAGUAAUGGUGUCAGUCCUCUUGCGGCAUGUUCAAGGAGAUAUUCCCCUGGCAAUUUGGCAGAGACUACUGACAAGAGCUGCAAAAAACGCCGGGUGUGGACAAUCGUUAGUCGACUUUUUUCUCAAAGACAAUCGGAAAAUUCGUGUUACAGAGAAAGAUCUGAUAGUGGCGUCUGCAAACGAAGAACCUGACCAGGCCUUACGCAUAUUUAACAGCCUGCUUAAACACAGCAAUCGGGACAAAGUUACUGGAGCUCUCCUGCAACAAGUCGUCAAGAAUCUCAAGUACUGGAGUGAGAGGGAGAGGGAAGAGCUCGCGCAAACGAUUUGGAAAUCCAAAGGGUUUGAAUACAGUAAAUGUGCGGAUUUGGCUUGGGAGAUGGCUCUUGAAAGUCGGAAUGCGAUACGUCUCACCCCGUGCAACAAAGAAGCAAUGCCGGUCGCCAUGAAAAUAGGCAAAAGACGGGGCAGGCAGACUACCUCUAGAACAAGAUGGACAGCAGAGGCUUCCCGUCUUGCCAACUAG